AUGGCCGUUUCCAUAGUAAAGAGUUCGCGUGGUUGUGACUUGCUAAUAAUAGAAAAAUUUUCAUUUUGUAAACAAGAUGUUCUAAAAAGUGGGGAAGUUCGUUGGAGGUGCAUAAAAAAAAUUUUUAAAUGUUUAGCUAAAGUUUAUACAAUUGGAGCUGAAUUUACUGUAACCAGAAGUGACUUAACUCACAAUCAUGAACCAGAUGAACGUUCUUUGCAGAGAAAACUUGUUACAACUGCAUGCAAGCGAAAAGCCCAGGAGGAUAUAUCGGAGAAACCAUCUAAAAUUAUAAAGAGUGUUCUUUCAACAAAUUUACCGGAGGAAUUGAUAAGCACCGAUAUAAGCCUUAUAAGAAGAAAUGUGUAUAAUAGUCGUCGUAAGCUACCUAAAGAUAUUCAUGAAGUACAUACUGUACUUGACAUGUAUUCUCCUAAAACGACAACAGGAAAUUCGACCCUUGGUUCACUUUCACCAAGAUCUCUGAGAAAGCGGAAAAUUUGUGGCGAUCAUUUUUCCAACAAAGAUUUCACCGCGAGUAAAAGGAAACUCAAGAAAACCGCGGUCCCACAGCCGUACUUUUCUCAUUCUUUAGCGCCUUCAACAACCCAAUCUGAUGAAGUGGUAGUCAAUCUUUGUGCACACAGUCAUGUAUCAUCCUCUGGAAAUACUAGCCCCUCAGGCUCAGAACAUUUCAAAGUAUUGACACCAAAGAAAGUUUACGGAAAGUAUACAGGAUAUCCAAGGUUUGUAUAAUAGUUA